ACAGUUGACGUUUACAUUAGAAUAAUGGUUGACACAAAAAUAGUUUUGAUAAAUAUUUGGAAACAAAACUAAUUCAAUUGUUAAAAUGGUUGAAACGUGAUAGUAAUGCCAUGAAUUCUUUUCGGUGUUUUAAAUUGAACUUAAACAUGUUACAUAAUUACAGAAAGUUAUAGUGGUAUAUCUUUCUUUGUCAUGAAAAUAGUUUUUCUAUAUUAUCGAUCGAUUACGAAAGACUAUUCAACUAUAUGUAUGUUAUUUUAUACAUAACAGCCGAUUUUAAUUUAACGAUAUCUUAUAUUAUAAUAGCUUUUACGCUAGUCCUCUGUAAGAAGUUAUUGUUUUCGGUUUGCUAACGUGGUAAACGAAUAUGUAUUUACAAACGCGCUUCGCAAUAAACGUACGGUUUUAUUAAAUGUAAAAAGAACGCUGUUUAAGGUGAGCUUUCAUCUAUUAAAUGAUGAGAUAAUUUUACUGAAGUGUGCCUGGAAUUUACGUCCAUGUAUUGUUGUUCUUUCCUUUCACGGCUGGGCGUCGGGAUGGCGAGCAUGAGCUCCACGCUCGUCGAGACGGUGUCCAUCAACUAUGAGGAUUUUAACGAGAGCUUCCUCACUUGCGGCACUUGUUUAUGCACUUAUGAUGGAGGCGAGCACACCCCUAAGCUUUUGCCGUGUUCACAUACCGUCUGCUUGCACUGUCUCACUCGAAUAGCUGCCUCGCAAACUAGAGACGCUGGAAGCUUCAGAUGCCCGAUAUGUCGCGAAUUAAUCACCAUACCUCGUGGCGGAGUUGCAGCUCUACCUCCAUCGUUUCUCGUGAACCAGUUACUGGAUCUAAUGGCUAGGCAGAGAAGAGAAGUAAUACCCCAGUGCAGUUCACAUCCCGGUAGAGAGUUACUCUUCUGUGAGACUUGCGAUUGCGUUUUCUGUAGGCAUUGUGCAGACGGACCCCAUAGUGAUACUCCCUGUGAUCAUACCGUGGUGCCGUUUUCUAUAGCGUUAAAAAGAAUGUCCGAGAUAUUGUUAUAUAGAGCCAAUGAGUGCCUGAGUAAGCUCGGUUCGGCGAGGGACGCCGUAGCGAGUGAGUUAAGAAGAUUAGAGGCGGCGGCGACGGCAGCCGAUGAAGCGAUAGAUAGACACUUCGCGGAAUUGAGAGCCGCAUUAGAUAAACGUCACGGUGAACUUAAAUCGGCUGCAGCGGCUGCCGCUACGCAUAAAAGGAAGCUGCUUGAAGAGCAAUUGAAAUUGAUCGAUGCUGAAAAAGCAAAAGUCGAAGCUGAAUGUUCGGGUCUUCAACAGCAAGUUGAAGUGCGGGAAGUGAGCAGUCGAGCUGCGGCCCUGGGAGCCCGACUCGGGGACGCGGCUGCGCUCGCGGAGCCCAGGGAGAACGCAUUCCUAGCGGUGGACUUCGCGCACAACGACGCGCAGCAGAGAUUUGCCGAGGCUUUAGCGGAAUUGGGCAGAGUUAGAACGAGUACUACCUUCCCUGGUUUAUGCACUCUGCAGUUAGAGUCAGCGUGCGUAUGCGGACUGGAGCUGGUGGUGGUGCUGCGCACGGUGGACUACCACGGCGAGGCGCGCAGCACGGGCGGCGACCCCGUCACCGCCGCCGCCAGCCUGGACGACGCGCCGCUGCCCUGCACCGUCACCGACCUGGACUCCGGCCUCUACCGCAUCUCGAUGCGGCCGUGGGCGGCGGGCGCGGUGUCGGUGCGCGUGCUGGUGUUCUCGCGCGGCGUGCGCGACUCCCCGCUGCGCGCCAGCGUGCUGCCGGCCGCCGCGCCGCUGCGCGUGUGGGGCGCGCGCGGCUCGGGCAAGGAGCAGCUCAGCCAGCCCGUCGCCGUCGCCAGGUGUCCGAAGCGCCGCGAAAUUUAUAUUCUUGAUGCUGGAAAUUCAAGAGUCAAAGUGUUAGACGAUGAGACGUUCGCUUUCAAAACACAUAUUGUUAAUGACGGAUUGGCGGGACGAAGUUGUACAGGUAUAGCGGUAACGUCCGAAGGCGUCGUCGUGGUUAACUGGCGGACAAGAACACUCACAGAGAUCAACAGCUCGGGCGGCACCGUGCGCACCAUCCGCUCGGAGCGCCUCGUGGAGCCCGUGUGCGUCGCCGCGCACGCGCCCUCGCGCCGCCUCGCCGUCGCCGACAACGGCGCGCGCGCCGUCUUCGUGUUCGACACGCACGGGAACAUCGAGCGGGAGGUCGGUAGCGGCGACAUGGGUCUCGUGGGCGGGCUGGCGCUGACGGAGGACAUGAUCGUGGUGGCGGACGUCGCGGUGCGAGUAUACGACUCCGAAGGAAACUUGCAAGCCACCCUGGCGCCCAUACCCAAAGGUCGCGGAGGAUACGGCGGCAUAGCGCUCGAGUACACGGACAGCGGCUGGCACAUCGUGUGCACGCGCUCCGUGCGCGGCCGGCCCGCGCUCGUGGUGCUGGAGGCGGGCGGCGCGGGCGGCGCGGGGGGCGCGGGCGGCGCGGGGCGCGUGCUGGCCGCGUGCGAGCUGGCCGACCGCCGGCCGCGCCGCGUCGCCGGCCUCGCGCUGCUGCCCGAGCGCCGCGCGCUGCUGGCGGACCUCGCCGGCGACUGCCUGCGGCUGCACACCUACUGGUGAGCUGUCGAACGUCGGAGAGAACUGAGCCGCCUGGAGGCGAAUCGUAAACGAAUUUCAUGCUAGUCCAAUAUUGUAACUGAGAAUCGAACUUGGCCAUAAUCUCGGACUGCGAGGGAGGUACUUGUACCAAAGUCAUUAGAGCCGUGAGUCGGCGCUUUUAAUACGAUAUUCGUAGUACUUACAGUAUUUAUUUCAUUUAAGUGUUCUUAGUUAUAUUAUUUUUAGUAUUUUUUUAUCGAUGUCGGUAUUCGAUGUCGUUAUUUCUUUUCGCGACUGAAUUAUUUUGCGGCGCACUCGUUAACUUGGCGCUGUUCGGUGAUCGCAUUAGUUAUGUACUUUAUGUGAACUUAUUUAAUUUGUUCAUGUUUUGAUUUUUUAUUUGCGUACGAUCUUAUUUUUAUGACCGCGAUUUAUAUCUGCGUUUGACAUACAGAGUCUGAAUUAAUCCGCGCAAUAAAUAUCGUACUAAAUGUACGUAAAUGUGGAUUGCGGAUCGGCCACAGUCGCUUUAAAAUCCGUAACAUCGAAACACCACUAUGUUAAGAAGAAAUCAAGCAAUAAAAUCUUAGUAAUCACAAUCGGCCAUAUAUCGCUGUGAAGCAACUCAUGACAAUAUUUAGUAAAGCGUGAAUACGUAAUCAUUACAUGUGAGAAGUUGUGCCUAUCGUAUCGUGAUUCAGCAUAUAGAGUAAACACGUUUGAGACAAUAUUAUUAAGUGGACCAAUUUCUGAAUUAUGUCUUGUUUUUAGUUUUUUU